CCGAAACCCGGAAGUGAGCGAAGCUACAGCGAAGCUGGAAGAAACGGAGGCGCUACAGGCUCCGCGUCCGGCCAGACCCAAAUCAGAGAUUGUGAUGCCGCCACCACGAAGCAAGAAGCCCAGAUAGACCCCACGCAUCCGGGUCGUGGAGCCACUAAUGCUGACGGUGGGGCCCGCCAUGGACGGGGAGUUCCCUCAGCAUGAGCCCCCACCGGCAGGCAGCGUCCUGUACAGCCCCCCCGCCUUGGAGAGCACCCUGUGCGGGUCCAGCGUCCAGAACGCCGUGCUGCACUGCCAGUGGUGGAACGCCUUCCAGUCCGCGCAGUAUCCGGCCUUCUCCAGCGAAAGCCCCCCAUCAAUGAACUCUGCCUCCUUCAUCGUCAGCGGCCAGCCCUGCCUGGACACCAGCUACGGCCCCGAGGCCACGCCCCCCAGCUUCCUGCCAAAGGCUGAAUAUCCUCAGGAAUCCUCAUACCUCGAAGAACUCUCCCCCGCCUCCAUCUUCUCCUCGUCUGUGGACUCCCUCUCAGACAUCGCGGACACCCCUGACUUCCUGCCUGCCGAUAGCCUCAGCCAGGUGCCCACCAUCUGGGAUGUGAACACUGGCCCCGCUGUGCCCGACAAGCAGUUCCCACCCAGCGGGCCCUUCACAGGCCUUGAGGACCCCGUGCUCGCCCUUCCCAGCACCCCACUUCUUGUCAGCUACCAGUCUCAGAGUCAGCCUGAGGAGGAGGAUGAGGCUGAGGAGGACGAGGCAGAGUUGCUGGGGCACGCGGAGACCUACUCGGACUACGCGCCUUCCAAGUCCAAGAUCGGGAAGCAGCACCCUGACCGGGUGGUGGAGACCAGCACACUGUCCAGUGUCCCGCCGCCGGAUAUCACCUACACGCUCGCCCUGCCCGCCUCGGACAGCGGGGCCCUGUCCGCCCUGCAGCUGGAGGCCAUCACCUAUGCCUGUCAGCAACACGAGGUCCUGCUGACCAGUGGGCAGCGGGCCGGCUUCCUCAUCGGCGACGGGGCCGGCGUGGGCAAGGGGCGCACGGUGGCUGGCAUCAUCUUUGAAAACUACCUGCGGGGCCGGAAGAAGUCCCUGUGGUUCAGCGUAUCCAAUGAUCUCAAGUAUGACGCAGAGCGUGACCUGCGGGACAUCGAGGCCCCCGACAUUUCGGUGCACGCGCUGAGCAAGAUCAAGUACGGCGACACCACUGCCUCAGAGGGCGUCCUCUUUGCCACCUACUCCUCCCUGAUCGGGGAGAGCCAGGCCGGCGGGCAGCACCGCACACGCAUCAAGCAGAUCCUGGAGUGGUGCGGCGAGGCCUUCGACGGCGUGAUUGUGUUUGAUGAGUGCCAUAAGGCCAAGAACGCCAGCUCCACCAAGAUGGGCAAGGCCGUGCUGGACCUGCAGAACAAGCUGCCCCUGGCCAGGGUGGUGUACGCCAGCGCCACAGGUGCCUCCGAGCCACGGAACAUGAUCUACAUGAGCCGCCUCGGCAUCUGGGGUGAGGGCACGUCCUUCCACACUUUUGAGGAUUUCCUGCAUGCCAUCGAGAAGAGGGGUGUGGGCGCCAUGGAGAUCGUGGCCAUGGAGAUGAAGGUCAGCGGCAUGUACAUCGCACGCCAGCUCAGCUUCUCUGGGGUCACCUUCCGCAUCGAGGAGAUCCCCCUGGCCCCCGACUUCGAGCGCAUCUACAACCGAGCGGCUCUGUUGUGGGCCGAGGCCCUGGGCGUGUUCCAGCAGGCAGCGGACUGGAUCGGCCUGGAGUCCCGCAAAUCCCUGUGGGGCCAGUUCUGGUCAGCCCACCAGCGCUUCUUCAAGUACCUGUGUGUGGCUGCCAAGGUGCAGCGGCUGGUGGAGCUGGCCCGCCAGGAGCUGGCCCGGGACAAGUGUGUGGUCAUCGGACUGCAGUCCACAGGCGAGGCGCGGACCCGUGAGGUGCUGGACGAGAAGGACGGACAGCUAGACUGCUUUGUUUCGGCUGCCGAGGGCGUCUUUCUGUCGCUGAUUCAGAAGCACUUUCCUUCGACCAAGAGGAAGCGGGACAGAGCCAGCAGUAAGAGAAAACGACGGCCGCGGGGCCGCGGGGCCAAGGCUCCCCGGCUGGUGUGCGAGGCAGGCGUGAUCCGCAUCAGUGACGACAGCAGCACGGAGUCCGACGCCGGCCUGGACAGUGACUUCCACUCCUCCCCCGAGUCCCUGGCCGACGACGAUGUGGUCAUCGUGGACACUGUUGGGUUCCCAGCAGAGGACCGCGGCCCUCUGUAUCCCCCACAGCGGGACCUGCACGGCCCCGGGGUCCUGGAGCAAGUGGAACGGCUGAAGCAGGACUUGCUGGACAAGGUUCGGGCGCUGGGCCAAGAGCUGCCAUUCAACACCCUGGACGAGCUCAUCAAACAACUGGGGGGCCCUGAGCGGGUGGCCGAGAUGACCGGCAGGAAGGGCCGCGUGGUGUCCAGGUCCAACGGGACGGUGGCUUUUGAGUCACGGGCAGAGCAAGGCCUGUCCAUCGACCACGUGAACCUCAGGGAAAAGGAGCGCUUCAUGAGCGGCGAGAAGCUCGUGGCCAUCAUCUCCGAGGCCUCCAGCUCCGGCGUGUCUCUCCAAGCUGACCGAAGGGUCCAGAACCAGCGGCGCCGGGUCCACAUGACGCUGGAACUGCCUUGGAGUGCAGACCGGGCCAUCCAGCAGUUCGGCCGGACCCACCGGUCCAACCAGGUGUCGGCCCCAGAGUACGUGUUCCUCAUCUCGGAGCUGGCCGGGGAGCGCAGGUUUGCCUCCAUCGUAGCCAAGCGGCUGGAGAGCCUGGGGGCGCUGACCCACGGGGACCGCCGUGCCACUGAGUCCCGCGACUUGAGCAAGUACAACUUUGAGAAUAAGUACGGUGCCCGGGCCCUCGGCUGCAUUCUCGCCACUAUCCUGAGCCAGACAGAGAACAAGGUGCCGCUGCCCCAGGGCUACCCCGGAGGGGACGCUGCCUUCUUCAGAGACAUGAAGCAGGGCCUGCUGUCGGUUGGCAUCGGCGGGCGGGAAUCCAGGUCCGGCUGCCUGGACGUGGAGAAGGACUGCUCCAUCACCAAGUUUCUGAACCGCAUCUUGGGGCUGGAGGUGCACAAGCAGAACGCGCUGUUCCAGUACUUCUCCGACACCUUCGACCACCUCAUUGACGUGGACAAGAAGGAGGGAAAAUAUGACAUGGGCAUCCUGGACCUGGCUCCAGGCAUCGAUGAGAUCUAUGAGGAAAGCCAGCAGGUGUUCCGGACCCCCGGUCACCCACAGGACGGGCAAGUCAUCUUCUACAAGAUCAGCGUGGACCGUGGCAUGAAGUGGGGCGAGGCGUACGCCAGGUCGUUGGAGCUGAAAGGCGCCUAUGACGGUUUCUACCUCUCCUACAAGGUACGUGGCAACAAGCCGAGCUGCCUGCUGGCGGAGCAGAACCGCGGCAAACACUUCACCGUGUACAAGCCCAACAUCGGCCGGCAGAGCCAGCUGGAGACCCUGGACGGCCUGUGCCGGAAGUUCCACCCGGUGACGGCGGAGGUGGCCAGGGAGCACUGGGAGAGCAGCUACGCCUUCUCGCUGUCACACUGCAGCCACACCGCGUGGAACCAGCACUGCCGGCUGGCGCAGGAGGGCAAGGACUGCGUGCAGGGCCUGCGGCUGCGGCACCACUACAUGCUGUGCGGGGCCCUCCUGCGCGUGUGGGGCCGCAUCGCCAGCGUCGUGGCGGACGUCACCAGCAGCAGCUACCUGCAGAUUGUGCGUCUCAAGACCAAGGACAAGAAGAAGCAAGUUGGCAUCAAGAUUCCGGAGGGCUGCGUGCCCCGCGUGCUGCAGGAGCUGCAGCUCAUGGAUGCCGACGUCACGCGCAAGAACGCCCAAGGCGCCCCUGGGCCGCCAGCGCCGCCCGCUUCGCUCCCGCUCGCCCUGCCCGGUGGCCCUGGUGAGGUCCUGGACCUCACCUACAGCCCGCCCGCCCAGGCCUUCCCGCCACCCGCCCCCUUCACCUUUCCCCCGCAGCCCCUGGACCCCAUGCCCGGGACCACGCCCUGCGGGCUGCUCUUGGCCGCGCGCACCCCGGCAGACCCCUCAGCUCUUCUGAACCAGGGCUGUGACAUCAACUUCAAGGAGGUGCUGAGGGACAUGUUUCUUCGCCCCUUCCCCGUGGCACCCACAGAGUCCGCUGGCCCUCUGGGGGGCGGCGCGGGGGCAGCAGGCUUGCCGGCCGGGGCCAGCGGGGGCCGAGAGCGGCAGAGCGUCAUCCAGUUCAGCCCCCCCUUCCCGAACUCCUAGGCCGGCGCCGCGCCCUCCAGGAGAGACGUGUUAUCUGUAACCGGCGCCCAGUCUGCUCGGCCGCGCCCUCCCCUCCUGCCGUGGGUGGUGAGCAGAGGCCCGGCUCCCCUGUUGACUACUGAGAGGGAGGGGCGCCUGGCACCCCUCAGCCGCCUCCCCAGGCCUCACUGCAGUGCCUUCCCCUCCCGGCGCCACGAGCAGGGCCUGGGCCCUAGUUGGCUCCAGGCCUGGGCAGCACCCGUGCGCGCCCGUGGCGGAGGGGGGGACGCCCUUUGUGCCUCUCCUGCCCUCCCAGCCCAGGCUGGGUGUGUCCACCCACACACCUCAAAAGGCCAGGCCCAAACUCCUAUAAUCUGAGAAACUGGGUGGCCCCAAGAGCUAUAAACUCAGGAAAUCCCAGGUGCUCAGGGCCCCGCCGACUCUAGGGGGGGUUCAACGGGGCAGUUCCCCCACUAAUAUAUGCAAUCCCCCUUGCUCUCUCUGCUCUUUAAAUUAUUACCCGGCCGCCUCACCCCGGCCUCGGAUUCUUCCGUGCAGAGUUGGUGGGGUGGGCAUCCCUUGGUUUCUAUAUGUAUUUAUAACGAAUUCAGGUGUACAUAUGUAAAGAGAUUUUUUAAAUAUAUGUGCCU